UGAAACCUGAGAUUAAUAUGGAUAAGACAUAUAAAUUCCAGAAAGGGACGGUAAUUGACUGUGCAAUAAAGAGAGCGAAUCCUCCAGAAGUAAAUUACACCUGGUAUUCAUGUGACAUUCCCAUCUGUAGCGAGAGAAGUUGGAAAUUCGUCAAAAAAUACCCUACGUUACAACUUGCUAGUCAAUUAAAACCUGAUAUGAAGUAUAAGUGCGAAGCCAAGAACGCUGCUGGCACUGCAUCUAAAAUCAUUGAUGUGUUUAAACCCGUCGAAAAUACCAGUGAUA